AAGAGAGAAGUUGUAUCUAACAGUAAUGGAGAAGAAAAGCAUAGCAAAUAAGGUGCACUGUUUGGUCUUAGCAUAUCCAGCUCCUGGCCACGUUAACCCCAUGCAUGACUUCUCCAAGAUCUUGCAGGAACAAGGUGCGAAAGUGACCUUCGUCACCACCAUUUCCUUCUUCAAAAUGCACAACCUACCCACUUCUAUUUCACUCCAAACCAUCUCUGAUGGGUUUGACAAUGGAGGGUUGGAUGAAGCAGGUAGCUUCAAAGCCUAUUUUGAACGUUUCAGGCAAGUGGGGCCAAAGAGUCUGGCCGACCUUCUUCAGAAACUUCACAGAUCAGGUGACCCUGUUCAUUGUCUUAUUUAUGAUUCACUCUUCUCUUGGUCUCUGGAUGUUGCAAAGAGAUUUCAGAUUGCAGGGGCUUCUUUUCUCACUCAAAACAUGUCUGUUAAUACUAUAUACGACCAUGUCCAGCAUGGGAAGCUGCAAGUUCCCAUCACACAAAGUCAGAUUUCUCUUCCUUUCUUGCCCAAACUUCAACAUAACGACAUGCCCUCCUUCUUCUUCCCUACAGAUGACACUUAUCCAACUUUGCUUCAUGCGUUAGUUGGUCAGUUUUCCAACAUCCACGAAGCUGAUUGGAUUCUCUGCAAUUCAUUCUACCACAUGGAAAAACAGGUAAUUGAUUCGACGAAGAAGAUCUUGUCCAAUCUCAGGACCAUUGGGCCAUGCAUAACAUCCAUGUUAUUAAAGAAGACACUAGGAAACGAUGAAGAUGAGGGUGGUGCUACACAAUUUAGCAACGAAGAAUGCAUGAAAUGGUUAAAUGGUAAACCAAAAGAGUCUGUUGUUUAUGUUUCUUUUGGGUCUAUGGCAGAACUGAAGGAAGAGCAAAUAAAGGAAAUAGCUUAUGGUUUGAGGGACAGUGAAAGUUACUUUGUGUGGACGAUGAGGGCCUCGGCAGAAAAUAAGCUGCCAAAAGAUUUUGAAAAGAGGUCAGAGAAGGGUUUAGUUGUAGGGUGGUGCUCCCAGGUAAAGGUAUUAGGUCAUGAGGCUAUAGGCUGUUUUGUGACGCAUUGUGGUUGGAACUCCACCUUAGAAGGCUUGAGUUUAGGAGUUCCAAUGGUUGCAGUCCCAUUUUGGUCUGAACAGUUCUCAAAUGCUAAGCUAGUUCAAGACGUGUGGAAGAUUGGAAUCAGAGCUCAAGCUGAUGACAAACAGAUUGUGAGAAGAGAAGUGCUCAAACAUUGCAUACUGGAGAUAAUGAACACUGAGAGAGGCAAAGAGGUCAAAAGCAAUGUCAUGGAAUUCAAGGCUUUGGCUGAACAUGCUGUCAGUGAGGAAGGAACAUCUCAUAAAAACACUCUUGAAUUUCUCAAUAGCUUAGCUGCUUCAGCUCAGAAGCAGCAUUGAAGGUCAUUUUGAAGGAAAUCACACCUUCAAAAUUAAAUAAAACAAUAUUAGUUUCUGUUUGUACGAGGUAGUUCUAUAAGAAAUUGAAAUGUUUAAAUAUUUGAAUGGUUUGUAA